CGCCGCCGGCAGCGCCGCGCCCGUCCCGGGGAGCGGCGCAGAGCCCGGGAGAUGUUGUCCUCCUGGGGCUUCCCCUGCGGCCGCCUCAGCCUCGCCGGCCGGGCUGCAGCUUGCCGCUCCGCGCUGCUCUGCCAGUGGGCGGCGGCUUCCCCCGCCCCGCCGUGGCUGCCUCUGCUCGGCGGCGCCCACCGGCGCCUACUCGCGCUCGGCGGGCUGAGCCCCUCGGCAGCGGCCGGGCGGGGGGCGGCGGGUGCCGCGCCGUGCGGGACGGGGGCGGCGGGGGGCGGGUUCCGGCCGUCGCGGGUGGCGGUGGUGGUGAAGACGACGCGGUACGAGUUCGAGCAGCAGCGGUACCGCUACGCCGGGCUCUCCGAGGAGGACCUGAAGCAGCUGCUUGCCUUGAAGGGAUCUAACUAUGCUGGUCUGCUGGAACGGCACCGCAUUCAUACAAAAAACGUGGAGCAUGUUGUAGACAGCUUACGGAACGAAAGGAUAGAAGUUCGUCUUGUUAAGCGUCGAGAGUAUAAUGAAGAGACAGUUCGGUGGGCAGAUGCUGUUAUAUCAGCAGGAGGUGAUGGUACAAUGUUGUUGGCAGCCAGUAAGGUCUUUGAUAAAUUUAAACCAGUCAUCGGAAUAAAUACUGAUCCUGAAAGAUCAGAAGGUCACCUGUGCUUGCCUGUGAGAUACACACAUUCAUUUCCUGAAGCACUACAGAAGCUUUAUCGUGGUGAGUUCAGGUGGCAGUGGCGGCAGAGAAUCCGACUGUAUCUUGAAGGAACUGGGAUUAACACAACCCCUGUGGAUUUACAUGAACAACAGCUAAGCCAAGAGCAACACAGCAGGGCUCAUAUAAAUGAAAGAUUCCAGGAUCAAAGGUCUGAUAUUUCUGGUCCACAUCUUCUACCAGUGAGAGCACUCAAUGAAGUCUUCAUUGGGGAGUCUCUUUCAUCCAGGGAGAACUUUAAGUCCUGCAAACCCAGUUUUAAAUUCUCGCUUCAUAGGGCCUCCUAUUAUGAAAUAUCAGUUGAUGAUGGUCCUUGGGAGAAACAGAAGAGUUCAGGGCUUAAUGUGUGUACUGGAACAGGAUCAAAAGCAUGGUCCUAUAAUAUUAACAAGGUUGCACAUCAAGCUAUUGAAGAGAUCCUUAAGAUUGCGAAAGAGCACGGGAAUUUGAAUAUGCCAUUGAACAUGGAACUGGUACAGAAAGUAACAAAUGACUACAAUGAGUCUCUGCUCUACAGUCCAGAGGAACCAAAGAUGUUUUUCAGUGUUCGAGAGCCUAUUGUAAACAGAGUUUUCUCAAGUAGCCGUCAGCGUGGCUUCUCUUCAAAAGUCUGUGUCCGUUCCCGUUGUUGGGAUGCUUGUAUGGUUGUGGAUGGAGGAACAUCUUUUGAGUUCAAUGAUGGGGCAAUAGCUUCGAUAUUGAUUGACACAGACGAUUCACUGUGCACUGUUCUGCUGGAAGAAUGAAGGACCUUGAUGUAUUUUGAUGAAACAUUUAUGGAUCCGUAGAGGGAAACCAUGGGGAUAUCACAAUGCUGCAUUAUAUUGGAAGUUGGCCUUUUCAGAUGCAAGAGCAUUUGGAGGAAGCUUGAAAUGCUUUUCAUUCCUUUGGGUUGGGGAGUCAUUAGCCUGAUAUUUAAGCUCUUUUUGCAUCUAGUGUAAAAUAUGUCUGAAGUGUUACCUCUAACUUCAGUGAAAAUGACAUUUUAACCUGUAAGGCAAACGUGAAAGCUUUGUAAACACAGGUAAAUGGGUUCAAGUAUUAAGUCAGUAGCAUUAAAUAUUCAAAUGUACAGUUUUUUAGUAACAGUCUGGGACUGAUGAAACUAAAUAAUUCAUACAUACACUUUUUGUAGAGAAGUUGACUGUCAAACUAGCAAUUUGAUGCAAGGAUAUAUAGAUUUUGGUAAACCAUGAUGUUGAUGUAAAAGAAAUGAAAAUACAAAUCUUUUGUAUGCUUUUCAAAAAAUUGUACAACUUUGUAGUUUCAUACAAUUUGUGGCAAUUUUUUUUUGUGCUUCCAGUAUUUUUUCUACUUUGUAGAUUUACAUCAAGAGUAUAGGUCUGGUUUAAUACAUCUUAAAUGAGGUAGCUUUUACUUUUUCUGUUUGGCUAGGUAGGGACUUGAAACCCAAAGGUUUUCUUCACUCCUUCAUGAGGAAUGUACACAUUAUAGAAAUCAUGUUGUAGUAGGAUAAAUUCCUUCACUGAAUGGAUUAACUGGAAAGCAGAUAAUCAGAGACAUUAGUGUAUGUAAGUGGCUAUCAUUAAGAAGUAGAUUUAGCCUUAUUAAGUUGAAUGGUUUGGAAUUUUGGGUUUUGAAUUUCUUACAUUUAAAGAAGAAUGAGAUAUGCUGGGUACUAGGAGUUGGAGCACAAGCUAAUGCCAAUGUCUUUCAGUUUUCCCAGCAUGUUUUUACCUUCUCCAGAAAAUUUAAAAAUCCAAUCCUAUGCUGAAUUCUAGUAAUAUGUAAAUGACAACAAAUUAAUUUCAUGUCUCUACUUAUGUCAGGUAAUCACACUGAUAAUAGAAAGAAAAAAAAUAAAAACGCUCUGAUUAAAGAAGAGCAAGUGACCUUUUAAAUCUUUUAGAGAAACUGUGAAACUGUGACUACCUUUUGAAAUCUGCUUGUAAUCGCAUAGGUGAGGCAGAAUUUGACAAAACAAAUAAUCCUACAGCAGGAAAUGUGCAAUGUGACUUGAAAAUACUGUGUUUUGUCUACUACAGAUUGGUUUCCAAGAGUGAGUUGUCUUCAAAUGACUUUCAAAUGAAGAAACUUCUGUAACAGAUGUUCUCAGGUCUAAUGGAAAUGUUCUCCAGUGUGGCAAAUCAGUCAGUGCAUUUAUUGCCACUUGCAAAAUGUAGACUGCUCUUUUUUGGUGGAGGAAAUGGACAAAGGGUUUUUUCCUUUUAGACUUGAGAGUGAAUUUAGAGGAUAUUGAUUUGACCAGACCAUUCAGUUCUAGAAAAAUGUGAAAUUGAUGCAGCUGUCUGAAUAAGCUAUCACUGUGUACAUUUCACCUUCUAAGUGUGCUGCAGGGUUAUUUACACUGUUGGGUUAUUAAGAUUGUAGACCCAGAGGGGAAAACUCAAAUUAGCCAAAUAAGCUUUCAAAAAUUGCUAAGUUCAGGAACUAUUGGAAUAAAGCUCAGACUGUCUAAAACAAUGUGCAAAGUUUGUCUAAAGGUAAAGACACAAGACUAACCUUUCCAAAAGUUGUGUGGAUUCGGGUGUUCUAAGUUAUUCUCAAUCCAUCUGUAAACACUUAGGGAUUGUUUAUGUGCCUCUGUCAAGUUCACUAGUCAGUAUGCUGUUACGAUUCAAAAAAUUCCAAAGCCCACCAAUGCCAUUAACACUAAUUUAUUACUUCCUAGAACUCUACUACUCACUCUUAGAUCAGAUUUAGGUAUUGAACAGCACAGGUAUUUAGGCAUUUGCACAGCAAAUCUAUGGCAGAAAUCCUUUCCCCUGCUUAUUUAGACAUUUGUGUGCUGCAGUGUUUUAAUGGAGACUGGCUAGUCUGAUCCGUAAGCAUACCUCUUAAAUAUGCUUGUCAUUUCUUGUUAUGAAUGUUAAGGCUAAAAGGCAAUGUUUUCAGGCUCUACAGCUCCAAAGUACUAUCUAGAUUAGGACUUAGGAAUUUGACUGUGAAAAUGUUACUAAUUUAGCAAAAUGGAAGCCUGACCUAUUCAUGAGUGGCCUCUACUGAUUUUGUCUGUAUUUAAUUGCAGUUCUGUUGAAGCAUUUACUGGUGAAUGCUUAAAUUGACUAGGAUUCAGAAAUCUAUAAUUAAUAGUAAGCAGCUACCUUUUUCUUCUUAAAGAACUGUAGGACCUUUCCUAAGGAUCCUUUGUGAUGAAGAAUUGCAGUACAGCCAACUUACUUGGUAAACAAUAUUCCAGGAGAGGACUGGUUUAACACUGAUUCAAUCUGCACAGACUGGCAGUGAUUUUUGCACCAUUUCUACUUGCUGAGUCAAGUCCAUGGUAUUUUCAUUUAGUGCUAGUCUACACUGUGUUCUGCUAAACUAGACCUGUUAUUCUUUGCCUAUUUUUUUUCCAAGUGGUGUUUAUACAUUAUGUAAUAAAAAUUAAAAGGUUAAUUGAA